AUAAAACCAACUUGUGAUAGCAAAUACGAAAACCAAAUUGGAACAGUCUGCCCUACAUUCUUCGUUACUCGCAUAGUUAAGUUUGAACUCUCGCAAAGUUAUAAAUCUAUUCAUCAUUCAUGAACGCUUUUUGAUAACUCAGCAUUAAUUGCAUCCCAUUGAAGUCGAACCUGAAGAAAUGCACUUUUUGUCCGAGAAAAUAAUUAUUUCUACAGUGGUUGUAAUUGCAUCGUUAGUUGGUGGCACUAGAGCUUUAACGUGUAUCAGCCCAGAGGACUACUCCAAGUGUGGAUCCCAAGCAGAAUGGACAUCCGACUACCCUUGUGACCUAAUUGUUCACAGAACAGGAGACAUUCCGACCGGUCUGUUCUGCAACAACAAAAUGUGCUUCCAAAUAGUCACAGCCGAAGGACUGCACGAGGACACGAAGACAUGUUUUAGUACAGUCACAGUGGCUAACUUCAGUCACUGCUCUGGCUGUAUUGGAGAAGAAGUCUACCAGCCGUUUAAAGACUUCAACAUGGACGAUGACGCGGAGAAUAAUAUCCUGGAUUUGAGUCAUAAUGACAUACAGAGUUCGCAUGUGGACAAUGGAGACCUUCUUUAUGGUCCCUUCUCCAACCUAGACAUCCUCUACCUCAGUCACAACAGCCUCUCCUCAUUCCCUAAAGUAAUCGAGCCCAGUCUGAGGGAACUAUGGCUGGACCAAAAUGACAUCAAAGAAAUGGACUUCACGGACUUUCCGGAACAGUUGCCACAGGAGAACCUAGAAUUCCUCAAUCUCAGAGACAACCCUAUGCAUAGCAUACCUUGGCGCAAUUUUACGUUCCUGUACUCGGCUCUUCCCAAUCUGCAAGUACUGGACAUCGGAAGUGACAAACCCCUCGAGGAAUUCAGAGCCGAAGUCUCCAAAAGCAUCUGGCAUAUAUACCCAAUUCUAGCCAGAAUGACAUCUUUGAAGAAAGUAUACUGGCCGACUGAAAAAAUCAAAUGUAAGUGUACGAUGAUAGCGGCCUUUGGACGUGACUUGUGGUCUGGGUUCUCAAUUGUGACUGCCAAAAUGAAGAAGUGGCCGCACGAAGAGGGCAAAUCAGCCAAAGACAUCAAAGGAGACAGAUACGAGAGAUACAUCGGAUACUACGAAGAGGAGAAGCCCGUGGUAUGCUGUGACCAGAGUGAACAUGACCUGAUAGGGGAGAAACUGGAGAACAUGAACAAAGUAGCCAAGAAAUUCUGUCCGGACAUCAGUAUGGAUCGAGUGGUUAUGGAGGAAAUCAUGUAAAUGAACGCAACUGAAAAAAUAGCCGUUGAAAUUUAAAGUUCGAGACAUUUGAUCAAGUGUGCAAAAAUGUGUAUCAUUCCUAAAAGUGGUUUAAAGUUUUUACAUAUAUAAAAUAUUACUAAAUUCCAACAUAUAUUCAUUGUUUUGUCGCAAAAAAAAAGAAACAUUU